AUGAAGACAUUCAGCGUUGCAGCUGCAGUGGCCACUGCACUCCUCUUUACUUGUAUUCAGCAGAGUUCUGGCGCAUUUGCUGAGGCUGUGAGCAAUGACAGUCCAGUUGCUGAAGACCAGGAGAUAUCAGCUGACUCAUGGACGGUAUCGUAUCACAGACAGAAGCGCGGCAUCAAGUGUCGCUUUUGCUGCGGCCGCUGCACUGCUGGUGUCUGUGGGUUGUGCUGCAGAUUCUGA